AAUAUACAAAUUACACAGAAACACACGAAGCUACUAUCUCUUCUUUUUCCCCCAAUUUCACGUUCUUUUCAAAGCCAUUUAUCAGAUUCCUCUUCAUACUUAUUUUUCCUUUCUUUUCCUUUUAAAAUCUCCAUUGGACUAUACAAAUUUCAAGCUCAAAAACCCAUCUCUAAAAGUUUUCAUUUCUUUUUUUUAUUUUUUUGGGCUUGGUUUUAUUGCUUUUAUAUAUAUAUAUAGGUUUAUUGGACUGAUAAAAUGAAAUAAAAACUCUUCUGGGUACCUUUUUUUUUUCAUUUUGCUUUGUUUUGCAAAUUAAACAAGCUUUCUGGGUUGUUUCAGAAUACCUUUUAAUGUCCUUAUGUCAUAUAAAGCUUGAAGGAACCAAUCAAAUUUAUAUAAAAAAAGUUUCAAUUUUUAGUCAAUAAUAGUUUUUUUCCCCACUCUUGUUAUUUUCAACUAUUUUCAUUUCUCUAAUUUAUUUUCUUCCCUUGAGCAAAAGAGAAAGAUAUGGGCAAGCAAGGACCUUGCUAUCAUUGUGGAGUUACAAAGUUCCAACAUAUCUCACAAAGGAAAGUGAGAUUGGAUCGUAUUGGAUAUUGUGGAAUUGCAGAGGCUAUGCUGUUGAAUUCUGGCAGUUCCAGAUUCAACAUCAAAUUUGUAUUGCUUACCAAUUGCUCCAUGGAUAUUUAUAAGCCUAAAUAUCAAGUCAAACCUCAGUCCUCUUUGAUUCAAUUGAAAUGCACUCCUCUUUGGCGCAAUGGACCUCCUGAGAAGCCGGUAUUGUGCAAUGCUUGCGGAUCACGCUGGAGGACUAAAGGGACACUAGCAAACUAUACCCCACUUCAUGCCCGGGCUGAACCUGAUGAUUAUGAGGAUAAUAGAGCUUCCAGAGUGAAGAGCAUAUCUAUAAAUAAGAACAAAGAAGUGAAAUUUCUGAAAAGAAAGCCAAAUCAUGAUACAAUGGUAGUUGCCCCUGAUUACAACCAGGGUUUCCGUAAGUUUGUGGACGAUGAUACAAGUAAUAGGUCCAGUUCUGGAUCAGCCAUAUCUAAUUCCGAAAGCUGUGCCCAAUUUGGUGGUGCAGAUGCUAGUGACUUGACAGGGCCUGCUCAAUCUAACGUGUGGGACUCAAUGGUACCUUCUAAGAAAAGAACAUGCGUAAAUCGUCCAAAGCCAUCUCCAGUGGAGAAACUUACAAAAGAUCUAUGUUCUAUUUUACACGAACAGCAGUCUUCAUAUUUCUCUGGAUCUUCUGAGGAGGAUUUGCUUCUCGAGAGUCAAAUACCAAUGGUUUCUUUUGAAUUUGGACAUGGAAGUGUUCUAAUUAGACAUCCAAGCUCAAUAGCUCGAGAAGAGGAAUCAGAAGCUAGCUCUCUUUCAGUUGAAAACAAGCAAUACUCAGUGAACGAGGCUUAUUCACAUUGUUCAAGCUUCCCAACAUAUAAUGAUAGCAAGGGCUUCAAAAUUUCGGGACAUGGAAUUGAAAAGGCUAAUACAGCUAGACAAGGGAUGGAGCAUGAGCAGCUUAGGAGGGACAAGGUUCAACAUGAAAAAUCACUAAUGCUUGAAAGCCACAAUUCACCACUGUGUAAAAUAGAUUUGAAUGAUGUUCUCAACUUUGAGGAGUUUAUGAAACAUUUAACAAAUGAGGAGCAGCAGCAGCUGCUGCAGUAUCUGCCUCCACUUGACUCUUCCAAAUUCCCGGAUAGUCUCGAGAACAUGUUUGAAAGCCCUCAAUUCAAGGAGAACUUAUGUUACUUUCAGAAACUUCUUGAGGAAGGGGUCUUUAAGAUCUCCGUCCCUGGGGUGAAAGCUGAAGACUGUAAGACUUUGAAAAGACUUGUCUUAUUCAAUUUGACGAAAUCCCACUGGGUGGAACACUGUCAUGUACUUAAGAAAUGUAAAAGUACUAUUGGAGGAUGUGCAACUGCUAGAGGACCAAAUGCCACCGCAUUGAAUAAUUUGGCAACCAUGAAGAGAUCACGCGACAGCCAAUGUCAAAAUUUUCCAGAAGCAAGGAAUUUAAAUAUCCCCAAAAGGGUGAUAAUGAAGGCUACUUGUGAAAACAAAGAACUCGUAGACAAUGAUGGUUCUUGCUUUAGUCCAGGAAGCCUAUUAACCUUGCCACAUGAUGGUAGCUCUCCUCUGCUUGAUUCUCUCCAUUAUGUUGAUGAAAGCUCUGACCAAGAUUUGCUGCUGGAUGUACCAUCCAAUGGUUCGUUCCCACUCGCGGAACUACUUCAUCUGUGACUCUGGGCAACAGGCAAGCACUAGUUGUAGCUAAGAGCACGCACACACAUGUUGUCCAUCCCUAGACAUGGUUGUUCUUUACUAGAACCAUAUAAAGGUCUCCUUCAGCAAGAUCCCCAGAGCAGUAUUGACAUGUUUUGCAUUCGGAAGACUGCAUUCUGUGAAUGAGCUUUGAUGGUUUCUCUUUUUCCCCUUGACCUGUUCAAACUUGGAAUGCUAAGGGAUGAAUUUUGGGUGCUUUUUUUCCAUACAGGUUGACAACAUAUUGUAAUAUAUAGAAGCUUAAAAAGUGCAGAAGAGGGGGCAAUAUCCGGGGUAUUGUAUGCAAAUGUUGUCUGCUUAGAAACAUAAACUUUAUAUAACCCCCUUGGUUUGGUUUUGCUGAGUGAAGAAAGAAAAAAAAGAAGAGAAAAUAGCUUUAUAGAUA